AGGCACGGUCAGGCAACCAUCUCAUUGAACCACAGUUCCAAACUUUCUCAGCACAUGAUUGAUAAUAUGAUCGGAGUUAAAUCUCAGUCCCAAGCUUCUACUUCAUGUUAAAGCCAGUUAAGUACUGAUUCAAACUCCAGUCAUCAUUCAUUCUCCACUCCACAACAACUCUCAUCACAUCUUAUCAUGGCCCACCUACAAUGUUACUGCUACCCGGGUUUUGGCGAGGCCAAACGUGAAGAGCUCUGGUACAGCCAGGCUGUACGUGUUGGUGACCGUAUCGAGAUCGCCGGACAGGGCGGCUGGGAUCCAGAAACUAGCAAAAUCCAUGAGGACAUCGACGACGAAAUCGACCAAGCCUUUUCCAACGUGGAACACACGCUCAAACACGCUGGCGGUAAGGGUUGGUCCCAAGUCUACCGCGUCACGUUGUAUCUCACCGACAUCAACGAAAAAUCCGUUGUGGCCUCCGUACGAAACCUGAAGAAAUGGGCGCCUGAUCACCGACCUAUCUUGACUUGCCUUGGAGUGAAUCAGCUUGGCUUGCCGGGGAUGAGGAUUGAGGUUGAGGUUGUCGCGCAUGAUGAGGAGGGUGCUAGGGCUGCUGCUGCUGCGAAGUCCUCGACAUAUUGAAUCAUUGCUGACUAGUACGGUAAGGGCAUGAGAGAAAUAUGAGAUUGACUAGGUAGACUUUUGAAUGUAUUGGAUGUGCAACGUGCAACGGAAAUUCAACCUCAACACUUUGCAACUCCUUCGCUAAUUAGUCUAUCCGAGGGUGUAUACAAACCGAACACGUUGCCUUCCAAUGCAGAUUCAAUCAUGUGUGCCUGGAUGGCUUGUAAUCUAGAGUUAGCAUAAGACCAAACACAUGCAU